AUGGCCGGAAUCAUACGAACACUAUUCAAAAGCAAAAAAUCAAAAAAGGAAGAGCCUGAGAACGUCGAAGACUUGGCUCGCGAGGUCUCCAACCGUCGUUCGUUCCGCGCACCCAGUACAUCCUCCUCAAAGUCCCAGAGACGAGCAGUUGCCCGAUUCGCCGACGACAAUGCACUCUCCGCUACCGCUGCAUAUCAUACAAACGUCGCUCCGAAGCUUCGAAAAGGACCACAAAGCUGCCCUGGAGGAUAUCGAGACGAGUCGGAUGUCUCUUUUGAUGAAUCGGAUAAGUACUCCCAGAAAAGCGGUCACCACAGAAGACGUGAUGUUCUACAACAAUCAAUACGACAAAACUACACUAUAGAUGAAGGGCGGAAAUCCAGCAACAAUGGAAGGCGUCAUCACAGCGGCAAGAGCGAUUUCAGACGGCGUGGAGAAUCGUCAGAAUAUGGAAGUGGCGAUCCAUCGCCAGUUGGACAGUACAGUAGCCGACACUCGCAUUAUGAAGAUAGAAUCGAAGAAUCAGAAAACGACGAUUUCAACGAGAAGGAACAGUUUGCUGUCAUGGAGCGCGCACAGCAGCAUUACAUGCAAAAGUACAAAGAAUCAGAACAAAAAAGAAGAGAGGAUAGACGAAAAAUGAAAGAUUUGCAAAAAGAGGCAAAUGAUGCCAAGAACUCCAUGUUCCAGUACAUGAAUCAGUUGGAAAAGGUGAAAAAAGAACGGGACUGCUAUCGAAAAGAAUUGAGCCGAACCAAGAAGCAGCUCGAGAUAAUGCAGAAUAAUCAGAAUAAUGGGUUUGAUGCGUACCAUCAUCAUCGUCAGGCUCAAAUGACAAAUCCACAACAGUUCCCACCAGCCCUUAGCAUGUCCUACGGUUAUAUGAAUCAACCAAUGAACACGUCUCAUCUCAUGCAACCUAGCUUCAUGAACAGCGCCCCACCGUCUAGCGGCACACCGAUGACAAUGGGCAGUGGCGGUGCUGGAGAAGCGAUGACCAAUCCAUCCGAUUUGAGCUUCCUUCAGAAUUCAUUCAUGCAGCCAUCUUCACAAGUUCUCUCCGGAAUGAAUUCUUCUCCUGAAUUUAAAGUGCCAAUCUUCGGCGGGGAGGAUGCCGAUGACGUUAAAGAUUUCCGUUCCGAAUUGCUGAUUGAGACUUCUCGUAGCCAGAAGAUCAGCGAUGAUAUCAGCCUCUCUCCAUCAAGUUCUGCUGACAGCCAAGUGACUCUUCUCGAUCAAAGUACCACAAUCACCCAUGACAAGGAGAAUCGAAAACCACCAACUCGCCCGUUCUCAAUGAUGUCUAUUUAA